UGAUAAUGAUUACCGUUGACCACCACUUCCGAAAACAGCCAGAGCCCAAAACGAUAUGGGCCUUGGCCCAAAACAGAGGUUCAAUUUUGACUCCAUCACAUCACAUUCAAGAAAAAGAAGUGGCAUACGAGGUUCUGUUGCAGAAUUAAGCAGGUGAAAAUGAAGCUGAAGCAGCUAGAGGGGCUUCUUGGUUCUCUUGAACAGUUCACCAAGCCCAAGAUUGAACUCGAACAAUACCCAACUGGAGCCCACAUAGCUUCCCGGGUGCUAUACACUGCUGAAACUUCAUAUGGGGAUGUGAGCAAUAAGGUAGUUGCGGAUUUUGGUUGUGGUUGUGGUACCUUAGGCAUUGGUGCAGCUCUCUUAGAAGCAGAACAUGUUAUUGGUCUUGAUAUAGACAGCGAGUCUCUUGAGAUUGCAGUUGCAAAUGCUGAAAACCUUGAGGUAGAUAUGGAUUUUGUUCAAUGUGAUAUUAGUAAAUAUCAAUGGAAAGGCCAAAUGUUUGAUACUGUUGUUAUGAACCCACCAUUUGGAACACGGAAGAAAGGUGCUGACAUGGAUUUCCUUUUUGUGGCGUUGAAGGUUGCCUCCCAUGCAGUUUAUUCGUUACACAAGACUACAACUAGAGAACACAUCAGACGGGCUGCAUUGCAAGAUUACAAUGCUAUUAGCGCCGAGGUUAUAUGUGAGCUACGAUACGAUGUGCCAAAGCUAUACAAAUUUCACAAGAAAAAGGAAGUGGACAUUGCAGUGGACCUAUGGCGAUUUGUUCCUCCAAGACACACUAAUAGUGGUGUACAUAGUUAAUCAUACUAUUAAUAAUUUCAUUCAUUGGCAGACUCAGAAUUGUAUUGUCAAAAGUUUUGAGUCUGCAUAAGUUCAACUAAAAAUCUUUUUUGAGGCAGUUAUUUAGUCAAGCAUGCAAAAGGCGGUGCUGGAGGUAAGCUAUAUGCUCCCUCUUCCCAUAAUGUUUUCUUCUUUUUGGCUAUGGGCUGAAAUUUCUUUAUUUCAGCUAAUAAUUAUUUGGGGGAAUUUGACUUUGCAUCCCACGUUUUGGGUGAUAUUAGACUUUGCACCCCAUAUUGAAAAAACUUUGAUUUUGCACCCCAACACAUAACAUUUUGUGAAAAAAACAUUAUAAAUGGGAUACAAAGUCAAAGGAUUUUUAAGUGGAAUGGAGUGCAAAAUCAAAGUUUUUUUUUUUGAAAAUGGGGUGCAAAGUCCAAUAUCACCCAAAAAGUGGGGUGCAAAAUCAAAUCCCCCCUAAUUAUUUAACUAGCCCUGUUUGGAUGCAAGUCUAAACCUGGAUGAAAAUAAAAAACCAGGUUGAAUCAAAACGUUUGUAACGCUAGCGUUUCUAAUAAGCGGAUCAUAUAAUACCUUCCGAUCCCAAAGUACCCCGUGCAUAUACCCGAUGAAGACCAUUAAUCAUUCUCUGCUCAUUGCUUUGAAGACUAUCUGUCCACCUUCUUUUCCAUACCACAUGAAUAAAAUUAUUUUUGGAGGACAGACGCAUAGACAAUUAAUAUAUACAAACAAGGGUGAGAUGUUUAUAUUACAUAUACAUGUAUAAAUUCAAAAAUAUUACACACACACAUUAAAAGGGUGAAAAUAUAAAAAUCAUUAUAAUGAAUAUUUUAAUCUAUUAAUAAAUCAUAUGUCCGUUAAUGUAAUUUUAUAUUAUCCCAACUCUAGACAAUAGUAUCUGAUUCAGAUAAUAGUCCCUAAUUCAGACAUUAGCGUGUAGCAUGCAGUUCUAGCUCGUUGUGCCAAACAUAGCCUUUAUUGUUGAUAUCAUUUAUCUUAGUUCUAAAACCUGUAAUUAUUCUAAUAGUCUUUUUCUCACCUGCUGAUCCAUUAUGUUUUGUAUUUAUGACUUCCAACUCUCCAAAAUUGUGAGUAGAGCAAUUGUUACUCCUGUGGGCACACUGGAUUCACAGUUCUUACUUUCUCUUUCAUUCUUCAUUCGUUUCUUCUCUUCUUCUAAAGAGUAUUUAUCUCCUUUGAAUCAAGCCUUAAUUUCAUUCAUUUCCUUCCCAUCACAUUGAGACAACUCUGUUCACAUUGCUCUAAUGAGCAACCACGA